GUUGUAGAUAAAAUUUGUCACUCUCCUUCGUACUCUGUUUCAUCAACACACAUUAUCGAUGGCUUUGUCCCUGUUCCAAAGCCCCACCUUUCUUAAAUCCCAACUCCAAUCUCAGCCCCAAAUCGCCACCGCCACCGCCACAACCACCGCGCGCUGUGGCUACGUUCGGGUGCGGUGCGGCGGACCGCGGUCUCAGCGAGGACCGCUGGUGAAAGGUCGAAUCCUGAGCAUCGAAGCAAUCCAAGCCAUCCAAACCCUAAAACGACUCCACCGAACCAAUCCUCCCAAUCUCUCUUCCCAACUCUCCAACACCCUCACGCGCCUCCUCAAAUCCGACCUCCUCGCCACGCUCCGGGAGCUCCUACGGCAGCGGCACUGCGCCCUCGCCCUCCAUGUCUUCUCCACCCUCCGAUCGGAAUACGGCGCCGAGUUAUCCCUCUAUGCCGAGAUGGUGCAGGCGCUCGCCGCCUGCGAUAUGCUGGAGGACGUGGACCGUCUGAUCCUGGACAUCGAAGAUGAAAAUGAAAUCAAGUGCGACGAUCACAAGGGGCUUGCCAGCUUGAUCAAGGCCGUUGUUACUGCUCGGAGGAAAGAAUCAACGCUCAGGAUUUACGACUUGAUGAAGAAGAGUGGAUAUGGAACCGUGGAUGAGUUGGAUGAGUACGUGGUUAAGGUUUUGGUUCAUGGAUUCAAGAGUUUCGGGGAAGACGCUCUUGCUGAAGAACUUCAACAACAUUACAAAGUUUCGCUUGCUAAGUCUCGAUUCAACACCUUGCCCAUUUAGCCAACUUUGUGAAUAUUUUGUUCUUAUUUUUUGAAUACAGUGAUUAGGUAGCUGUAGAAGAAAGCCAUUGCAACUGUUAUAUUUCUGAUUAACUUCACUGCUUUUAUGAACUUUUCAAUCAAUACAUUCUCACUGUAAUUUCUAAUGAAACCCUACUGUGAUUUACGAAUGUAUACUAAUGAAAAAUUGGUGAACAAA